AUGUCUUCCGAGCAGACCUUCAUUGCCAUCAAGCCCGACGGUGUCCAGCGUGGACUCGUUGGCCCCAUCAUCUCUCGCUUCGAGAACCGUGGCUUCAAGCUCGCUGCCCUGAAGCUCGCCACCCCCUCCAAGGAGCACCUUGAGAAGCACUACGCUGACCUCGCCGGCAAGCCCUUCUUCCCCGGCCUCAUCACCUACAUGCUGAGCGGCCCCAUCGUCGCCAUGGUCUGGGAGGGCCGUGACGUCGUCAAGACCGGCCGCACCAUUCUCGGUGCCACCAACCCCCUUGCCUCCGCCCCUGGCACCAUCCGUGGUGACUACGCCAUCGACGUUGGCCGUAACGUCUGCCAUGGCUCCGACAGCGUUGAGAGCGCUCAGAAGGAGAUCUCCCUGUGGUUCGCCGAGGGUGAAGUCAAGAGUUACAAGCAGGCCCAGGCUGAGUGGAUCUACGAGAAGCCCUAA